AGUCCGCGUUUUCAAACAAGAUGGCUUCCUAGUAUUUGAUGAAACUUCAUCUGCAGGUCGAUAUUUUACUUUUUACUCGUACCGGACAACCCUUAAGCCCUUGUGGUUUGAAUUAGUCUGCCGUCGAUACAGAAUGAAGUCUGACGUGGAGGAGUUGAUGCCGAGGCUGCUGCCGGUGGAGUGUGGAGCCGGUACCGAGGACCUGGACCUGAGUGGACCCCCCAGAAACCCCCAGGAGUACCUCCGACAAGUCCAGUUGGAGGCGUCACUGUGUCCAGAGGUGGUGGUCGCUCAGAUCGACCCGAAGAAACUGAAGAAGAAACAAACAGUCAACAUAUCUGUUGCAGGGUGCCAUGCUGCUCCAGCUGGUUUCUCCCCCAGCCUCAGUUGGCAGCAGCAGCAAGUCAGUAACUUCUCUGAUGUCAGACAGAGUAUCACAAAGAACAGGAGACACUGGAGCAGCCAGUCUCUAGACGACAAUGUGCUGAUGCCAAAGCUAACAGACGAAGAGGGCUGGAAGAGGUUUUGUUUAGGAGAGAAGGUCUAUCUGGGUUCUUCAUCCGGCCACACAGAUGCAGAUGCAGAGCCAGCAGUUGACUAUAGCAAGGUGGGGUUCCCUCCCUUCCUUAGCAUUGUUAGCAGACUAAACCAGUCCACAGUACUGAUGGUGUUGGAAAUCCUUAUCAGCUGGUUUGAGGAAAGAGAAUUUGUUCCACAGUUGGGUCGCUGGUUGUAUGCCCUGUUGGCCUGCUUAGAGAAGCCUCUGCUGCCUGAAGCUCACUCCUCCAUCAGACAGCUGGCCAGAAGAUGUGCCCAGCUCCGCAGCACACUGGACAGUCAGGAGGAUGAGAAGCUGCCGGCCCUCAACCUGCUCAUCUGUCUUGUUGCCAGAUACUUUGAGCAGAAUGAUCUGGCAGACCAUCAAGAGUGAAGAGGAACUGUUAAAUAUUGUUCAAUGAUACCAUCAGCUCACUGAGGAACUGAACCAUGUCACUAGAGUCAGUACAUCUUUCCAAUGUCUUAGCAGCGCACACAUCCACAUGGGGCAGCGGCGCUUCUUCACGUUGGGAUGAAAGUUGAGGACAAAUGGGAAGAGACUGAAUCGUGAACUCAAGUUUUGUACUUGUAAUGAAUGCGGUUACCAAACUGACCUGUGCCGACGCAGCAGGAUCACUGUUAUUUUUAUACAGGACAAGUUAAACUUUUUCUUUGUGAAUUCACUUGUGAGGUUCAGAUGCAAGAUGUGUUUAUUAAACUGUUCAUGAUUUAUAGGA